CAUUCACUAGGCAAGCGGUGAAACAAUCAAACGUGUCUUGACGAAUGCGAACGCCUGUUCACGCCGCGCCUGCAACCCCAGCUCCUCCUGGCCUACCCCAUGUUCCUCCUUGACUUCACUGGGCGGCUCGAAGAAAUGCAACCAAGCAAUGCUCACGACUGGCACUCCGCUCCGUAAUUGGGCUCUCUUCCUGCUGCUAUGCAGCGCACCCGCGUCCACCCUCGCUGAGGCAGCGAAUGAGGCGCCUACCGUUGAAUCGAGCGCUACUGCACACUCAGGUGCCACGACGCAGCAUACCUCUACCCCCGCGCCUUCGCCCACAUCCUCGUCGUCGCCUUCACCGUCGUCCGUUCGGAGAUACACCAAGAGUCAAAGCACGUGUCCGUACCGCACCAUAAACUACAUCACGCAUACACUCCCGCAGCAAUGCGCAAAGACGAGCUGGUCAGCGCCCCCCGAGGCAGGCGCGACUAAUGGCACGGGCGCCGAGGAAGGAGCUCUAGCUGGUCUACAGACUCCAAUACCUGGUUUAGAUGGAGGACUAGAGGGCAUUGCGGGAGGAGACAAAAGCACAACCCCAGCAGUAGCGCCCCAGGCUGAUCCGACUGGCGCAAGCUCAACUGCAUCUAGCAGCGACACAGCAGGCACAGAGCCGGAGCUUGACUUGGAGGCGGACUCGCCAUUCGACAACGCCAAUUUCCUCUCCUUUGACGAGUGGAAGAAGAGGAACCUGGCCAAGGUCGGUCAGUCACCGGAAAAUGUUGGACAAGGACGGGCAGCAGGCACAGACCAAGCCGCACGGCGACGACCCGUCAACGUCAACGCCCUGGACUCACUCGGCGACGAGGGUGAGAUCUCUAUCGACUUUAGUGGCUUUGGCUCCCCGGACGAUGAGAACGUAGCGAACAACUUCCAGCAUGGCAAACAAAGCGCGGAUGCUUCAAAAGCUGCUGGCGGAGAGGGCAAGGUUGCACCAAGCUCAUGGGCUCUCAGCAAAGACGCAGGCAAGACGUGCAAGGAGCGCUUCAACUACGCCUCAUUCGACUGUGCUGCUACCGUGUUGAAGACGAACAAGCAGGCGAAGAGCUCGUCUUCCAUCUUGGUAGAAAACAAGGACAGCUACAUGCUGAACAUAUGUUCCGCAGACAACAAGUUCCUCAUAGUAGAGCUCUGUGACGACAUUCUCGUGGACACCAUCGUUCUCGCUAACUACGAGUUCUUCUCCUCCAUGUUCCGUCAUUUCAGGGUGAGCGUGUCAGAUCGCUAUCCCGUGAAGAUGGAAAAGUGGCGCACGCUGGGCACGUUCGAGGCACGGAAUUCGAGAGACAUUCAGCCUUUUCUCAUUACUGAGCCGCAGAUCUGGGCAAGAUAUCUGCGUGUGGAGUUUUUGACUCAGUUUGGCAACGAGUACUAUUGUCCGCUUAGCGUUUUGCGUGUCCAUGGUACGACGAUGAUGGAGCAGUUCAGGCAAGAGGAGGAGGAAGCGAGGGGUAUCGAAGAUGAUGAGAAUCUGGAGGCUGAGGGUGUUGAGGUUAAGAAGGCGGCUGAGGAUAGUGGGCCCCUGCCGCCAGAGGAGAUACCGAUCGAAGCGGUAAAGGAUCUCAGCACAAGUUCAGAUGCCUCAGCGGCUAACGAAGUUGCUCAACGAGAUGUCUCGCCGGAGGUCAAGACUGAGUCGCCUCGUAACGAUGUGCCAUAUGGAAGGCCUCCGUCGCCUACAGACAUGGCAGAGCCAGUGGUGGAUAAGCCCCAGCAUCAGCCUGUAUCAAACUUGACGUCUAUCUCAUCUUCGUCGGUGAUAGGCGAUCAACAAAUCACGAACGAGAACAGUACAGCCAGCGGGGAGACAAAAUCGUCCGCCGCCCCUUCGCCAAGCCCGACAGAUGCCACUCCGCAAGUUCAGAGUCCUACAUCUGACGCCUCUGCGAUCAACUCUUCGAGUUCCAUGUCUCGAGUCGACAGUGCUACAACACAGACUACCAACGCUACAGGCUCCUCUUCGAGCGUUCCAUCAGCCAAAGCAUCAAACAACAGCACCGUCGCAAGUCCACCAUCGCAAGGACGAGGGUCGUCUACACAGCCAAACGCGCCUGCACCCUCAACGCAAGAAUCAUUCUUCAAGUCGAUACACAAGCGCCUCCAGUACCUCGAAGCUAACAGCACGCUUUCACUACAAUAUAUCGAAGAACAGUCCCGCGCUCUCCGAGAUGCGUUUGUGAAAGUGGAAAAGAGGCAACUGGCAAAGACAGAGAAGUUCUUGGACCAUCUUAACAGUACCGUCAUGCUGGAGCUGAAGAGCUUCCGCAACAUGUACGAUCAGCUAUGGCAGAGCACAGUCAUCGAGAUAGAGAGCAUGAAAGAGCGCCAGCAGUCCGAAAUCGGCGAGAUAGGCACUCGUCUAAGUCUAAUGGCGGAUGAACUCGUCUGGCAGAAGAGAAUGGCCGUUGUGCAAUCCACCCUUCUACUUCUCUGCCUGGGUCUGGUUCUCUUCGUCAGAUCAGGUACUCUAGGAUCCACGGCCGAUGUACCAAUCGUGCAACAGCUAGGCAGCAAGUACACCAGUUUCUUCGAAUCUUCGCCUCCGCGUAGUCCACCAGAUACCUCAGGCAUGGCGCGACAACGCCGUACUUUCCGCAACAUGUGGAAGAGCGAUGCGUCUGCCCACCUCAGCGACCACCACAACGACAGCGAUGGUGGUGGUCAACACAAUCUGUCUGAUGCCGAAACUGAUGGUCUGAGAAGUCCGGUGCAGAUAGAGUAUAGUCCGCCUACACCUACAACGCCUACCAUACAUUCCGCCAUACAUAGAAACGGCGACCAUCGAGACGAAGACAUAUCAGGUCCACCUAUGCGCGUAAACGGCCUUCACAACAACCACGACAACCCAGAACACGAUGAUAGAAAAGAAAAUAUUCCUCCAACACCUUCGUCGGCAGUAUCGAACGCAGAAGACCAAGCCGCCCGAAUCCAAGUCCUAGAAACACAGUCCGGACCUGCGACGCCAAACGGAACGAGGGAUAGUAGACCGAGUUGGGAGGAAGUGGAUCGCGCUAUGGAUUUGUUGAAGGCGGAGGAGGCGGGGCAGCAUGGCAGUGCACAAGGGCGGGGGAAGGUGGAAGAGUUGGUGUCGCGGGGUUCGCUGGAUUCGCCGCGCUCAUCAGGUUCGAUAGACAGUCCAGGGUCGCCGGGUUCGCUGCGUUCGCCUGGAAGUCCGGGGAAGAAGAGGAAGAAAAAGGGUGGGGGCAAUGGGAACGCGCAUGGUGGUGGAGGUGGGCUUGGGAAUGGGGGUGCAAGCGGUGGACAGGGGAAGAAGAAGAGGAGUCCGCUGAGGAGGAGUCAUAGUAACUUUGACGGGGGCGGGGGGAGUGGGGAGUGACGCAUCUUUCACGUGAAGGGUGCGCGAUGGUCUUUGGGUUUCAACAAGAGCGAAUGGGCGUUGCAUCUUCGGCGUAUUGGGACAACGGGUCUUGAUUACGACGCUUCACUUUGAAGCAGAGGUUCAGGUGGCGUAUAUAGUCGUUAUUGAAUAUGCAUAGCACUGCAUACCAUCGCACACUUA